UCUCUCAGUCCUGCAGUGGGAGUCGGGCCGCCGAGUGCCGGGGUUCGUGUCUCCGUGCGUCGGGUCCCUCAGAGCCAUGCCCGCGGUCGUGGAUUCGUGUUCUCUGGCCUCUCCCGCCUCGGUCUGUCAGACCAAGCACCUGCACCUCCGCUGCAGCGUCGACUUCGCCCGUCGGGUGCUGGCCGGGACCGCCGCGCUCACCGUCCAGUCUCGGGAGGACAAUCUGCGCAGCCUGGUUUUAGAUACAAAAGACCUUACAAUAGAAAAAGUGGUGAUCAAUGGGCAAGAAGUCAAAUACACUCUUGGAGAAAGACAAAGUUACAAAGGAUCACCGAUGGAAAUCUCCCUUCCUAUCGCGCUGAGCAAGAAUCAAGAGGUUGUUAUAGAAAUUACUUUUGAGACAUCCCCCAAAUCAUCUGCUCUUCAGUGGCUUACUCCUGAACAGACUUCUGGGAAGAAACACCCAUAUCUCUUUAGUCAGUGCCAGGCCAUUCACUGCCGAGCAAUUCUUCCUUGCCAGGACACGCCUUCUGUGAAAUUAACUUACAGUGCAGAGGUAAAUAGGCAAAUAGGCCCAAGAACUUUGGUUUGGUCUGAAAAAGAGCAAGUGGAAAAGUCUGCUUAUGAAUUUUCUGAGACUGAAUCUAUGCUCAAAAUCGCAGAAGAUCUGGGCGGCCCAUAUGUAUGGGGGCAGUAUGACCUGUUGGUCCUGCCGCCAUCUUUCCCUUAUGGUGGCAUGGAGAAUCCUUGCCUUACUUUUGUAACUCCUACUCUGCUGGCAGGUGACAAGUCACUCUCAAAUGUUAUUGCACAUGAAAUAUCUCAUAGUUGGACAGGAAAUUUAGUGACCAACAAAACUUGGGACCACUUUUGGUUAAAUGAAGGACAUACUGUGUAUUUGGAGCGCCACAUUUGUGGACGACUCUUUGGUGAGAAGUUCAGACAUUUCCAUGCUCUGGGAGGAUGGGGAGAGCUACAGAAUUCGAUAAAAACUUUUGGGGAGACACAUCCUUUCACCAAACUUGUGGUUGAUCUGAAGGAUGUGGAUCCUGAUGUAGCCUAUUCUUCAGUUCCCUAUGAGAAGGGCUUUGCUUUGCUUUUUUACCUCGAACAACUCCUUGGAGGCCCAGAGGUUUUCCUAGGAUUCUUAAAGGCUUAUGUUGAGAAAUUUUCCUACAAGAGCAUAACCACUGAUGACUGGAAGAAUUUCCUAUAUUCCCACUUUAAAGAUAAGGUUGAUGUUCUUAAUCAAGUUGAUUGGAAUGCCUGGCUCUAUUCUCCUGGCCUGCCUCCUGUCAAACCCAAUUAUGACAUGACUCUGACAAAUGCCUGUAUUGCCUUAAGCCAAAGAUGGAUUACUGCCAAAGAGGAAGAUUUAAGUUCAUUCAAUGCUGCAGAUCUGAAAGACCUCUCCUCUCAUCAGUUAAACGAGUUUUUAGCACAAAUGCUCCAGAGAGCACCUCUUCCAUUGGGGCACAUAAAGCGAAUGCAAGAGGUGUACAACUUCAAUGCCAUUAACAAUUCUGAAAUACGAUUCAGAUGGUUACGACUCUGCAUUCAAUCGAAGUGGGAGGAAGCGAUUCCUUUGGCUCUCAAAAUGGCAACUGAACAAGGAAGAAUGAAGUUCACACGACCCUUAUUCAAGGAUCUUGCUGCCUUUGACAAAUCCCACGAUCAAGCCAUUCGUACCUACCAAGAGCACAAAGCCAGUAUGCAUCCCGUGACUGCGAUGCUGGUGGGGAGAGACUUAAAUGUCGAUUAAGAAAGAACCUACCUGUUGAUGACUUCAGAAACUUCAUUUUUUAAAAAAUAAAGUCAUGAAGAAAUAUGAAACUUUGCCUUACAUUAUAAUUAAAAGUAUCUUUAGUUUUGGCUUUUUAU